UUCUACUCCUUUGUUGGUAUGGAUUACGCGCUCCUCUGACAGGGGAAGUUCCCUGAUGGAGGACAUAAAAGCACACUUCCACCGUCACAAACACAUUCAACCGAAGACUCUCACGAGAGAAACAACGAUUUAAUCAGCUCAGUAACUCCAGAGAGGGAACUGAACUAAACGACAGAACGAUGGCAUACCAUGGAUAUGAAUAUAUUUUGGAUUCGGCGGAUGCAUUCAAAACAGACAGUGCAAUUUACUCUGACAGUGCUGACUCUGAUGAACUGGACUGCCCAGAUCAGGUCAUGAGUUGCCAAUGCCACAUGCAUGAAGACAUCAAAGUGGAACUGUCGCCGCAUCCUCACAGCAUGAGGCAGGUGGUGAACAUCAUCAUUGCUGUGGAAAGGUUGAAGCACAUCAAAGGAAUGUCUUCUGGCAAGUUUUGUGAAGAUGCGCUGCUCAACUUCAUCUUGGAGAAUGUGAUCGAAGAGCGUCUGGCGAAGCCGCUUAAUGUAACACCAACUUACUGUAAGACCAGCCGGACCUUGCAGUGCACCGUUUGCGAUAAGUACAAAAAGACUCUAGUCCAGAGCAACAAACUAGGCAGCGAACCUCUUCAUUUGAAGGCUGUGACGCUGAGUGCUGAAGCAAUUCAAUACAAAGUUCGAUUCAGUAUGUCAACGUACGUAUCGAGUGCCCCACAAAAGGACGCCCAGCCUGUGUGCCUGGGAAUUUCCAACAGCAACCUCUACCUUGCUUGUACCCAGUCGGGUGGUUCUUCCCCCGACCUGCUCUUGAAGGAGGUCAGUGGCCCUCUGAACACGAUUAAAGCCGGUGACCCGAAUGGGUACGACAGCCUCCUCUUCUACAGGAAAGAGACCGGCACGGCUUACAACAGUUUUGAAUCCGUUAAAUAUCCUGGAUGGUUUAUUACCACAGCUUUUGAUGAUUGGGAGAAGGUGGAAAUGUACCAGGUGCCAACUAACCGAACCACAAACUUCACACUUGAGGAUCAACAACUACUCCCGAGUUAAGAAUCAGAUUUGAUCCAUAAACACAUUUCCAGAGAAUAUGUACCAUGUACAGUUUAUAAUCUGGAUUUAUUCAGCGUUACAAACCUGUAUAAGUUGAUGUAUCGAUCUGUUGUUGUUGUUGUUCUUUCCACUAUAUGUGUAAGGUUUGUGUUGGGGUUGGUAAAUUCAUGUUGAAUUCUUUAAGUACGAACAUUUGCCUAUGUGCUAUAUUUAAUUUUUUUUAUUAUGUUUAAUAUUUAUUUUAAAUUAUUUUGAAAUCAGACUUAUUUUACA